GUCUGGAGCCGCGCGCUGGCGGGGCUCUCUGCAUUGCACGCUCGGGGGGCGCCGCAGUGUUCGUGGGAUGGGGCAGCGGGCUGCCGCUGGCGGCCGGAAUCCGCGCGCGCGCAGCCCGGAUGUGACUUCUCUUCCAUCGUGCCAACUUCCCACUCCCAGGCCCCCUGUAUGAGUGACUCCACAGCCUGCCAUGGAACCUGGCCCUGCUCUGGCCUGGCUUCUGCUCCUGAGCCUUCUGGCAGAUUGUCUUAAAGCUGCUCAGUCCCGGGACUUCACAGUGAAAGACAUCAUCUACCUCCACCCUUCAACCACACCAUAUCCUGGUGGAUUUAAGUGUUUCACCUGUGAAAAGGCAGCAGACAAUUAUGAGUGCAACCGAUGGGCUCCAGACAUCUACUGUCCUCGAGAAACCAGGUACUGCUACACUCAGCACACAAUGGAAGUCACAGGAAAUAGCAUCUCUGUCACCAAACGCUGUGUUCCACUGGAGGAGUGCUUGUCCACUGGCUGUAGAGACUUGGAACAAGAAGGCCACAAGGUCUGCACUUCCUGUUGUGAAGGAAAUAUCUGUAAUUUACCACUCCCUCGAAAUGAAACAGAAGCCACGUUUGCUACAACGUCACCCAUAAAUCAGACAAAUGGGCACCCACACUGCAUGUCAGUGAUAGUGUCCUGCUUGUGGGUGUGGUUGGGACUUAUUUUAUAGCUGCUCCAAGGCACCCUAUGUAGAACGGAGCCACAGGAUAGCAAGGGCCCAAAGUCAUGCAUGAAUCAUCGGCCUGACAAUAGUUCCACAUUUGAAAUCACAACACUCGUGGAUGUUUUUGCUACCAAGCAUCACCACUUACCAUGGGAAACAAGUGUUGCUUCAGUGUAGUCAUUUCUAGUCCAUAAGACCUCAUCAAAGUCAGAUGCUUCCAAACAGAGUCUGAGUUCUACACCGCAGUCUUGUUUUCACAUCAAGAAACAUUUAUUUAGACCUCUUAAUUUGGAAUCCACGAGCCACAAGAAGUGCUGGGGCCCUCUGAGAUAUUAGGCGAUAUGUUUUAUGGAUAUGUUUAGAUGUGUGGUUUUGUUCAGGAAAAAGUGGUGCGGGAUCACUUGUUUAAAUACAAUCAUGAAUUUAUUUAUGCAUCUAGAAGGUAUAACUUUGGUUCCAAAAUUAAUAUUAUUUCCUUGGAAGUCUCUAGAAAAGUUGUGAGCAAGUUGUCCAGUUUAUCAUUCCAAUGCCAAUCUCCAGUUGUGGGACUUAUAUUCCUUCUGCUCUCUGUGUAGAAAAUUGAAAAGGCAAUCAUAAAAGCUUAUUAUGGGACAAGGGUAGCUAGAGGAUUUUUUUUAACUUUAUGUAACUAGCAUUUAUUAAGUGACUCUUUGUCCCAUCCUAUAGUUGGUGAUAUUAUCUUUGACUUGGCUCCUAAAUAUGCUCCAGGAGAUCCUGGAUUCAUACUAGGCCAAUGAGUAGCCAAGGAGU